AUGCCAAGCUUCGAUUGGUUGUACUACACUCGCUACCGGCCCCCGAAAUUGCCACGACCCCAAAAAUCCGGUCCGGUAAAACGUACUCCCGGUCGGCUCCCUCGGGUUCCGUUCACUCCGUCUCAGCUGAGUGCACUGGAGGACGCAUACAAAGUGUCCACCUACCUCAGCUCGGAGGAAGCGAACCAGCUAGCGUACAGUUUAGAUCUGACAAACACCCGCGUUAAGAUUUGGUUUCAGAACCGUCGAGCCCGGGAUCGGCGAGAAAAGCGUGAAGAUACAAUGGCAGUAGCAGCAGCAGUCGAUCUCACGGCAUCUGGUGCACUUAGAAACAAUGGACUCCCGAUAGCGCAACAAUCGGUCGGACAUUUUGCGUAUUUCCACUCCGUACCACAAUCGACAGCACUGAAAGCUCAGUGCUCAUCUUUACCUGAAAACCGGCAAGAGGAAACUGAAAGUAUCAAUGACGGGCCAUGUUUACAGUGCAAAUGAACAUGUAAAUUAAGAAACUGUUACAUUA